GAUAAGCCGUAUUGUACUUGCGGCUUCGACCAGAGGUCACACGCCCCAAAACCCUUGUCUGGAUACUUGUUGUAACAAGUGACACCGGACACACACCUCAUAGUAGCGGGUGCGGCGCCUCGGCCUUUUGCCCACACGCAUCCGAGCCGAUAUAAUGUCUUCCACUCUGUGGGCAUCUUAGUUGCUGCAAACGAAAAAGGAAUGUCCAAAACAAGCAAUUUAUGGCCGAACUGGCCAGCAUGGCCUCCUUUUCCCUCGAGCGCCAGCCUCUCGGCUCCACCCCCUGCGACGUACCCGCCUCCGCCAGAGGUCCUAUCAAUUGGAGAUGCUCAAUAUCAAGUCAGCGACAACCAGGUCCUUGACUCGCUCUACAUCAACAUGGUGUGGGGUGGACUAUGCAUGAUGGGGUUCAUGAUCCUGCGUGGCUGGCUCAAGGGCCCCGGCGCCGUGUUCCAACGCCGCCAGGAGCUGCAAGACCUGUUCAUGCGGCCGCCGCUCAUGUUCGUGGGCACCAUCAAGCAGAUCUGGAACUGGUUCAGCCCGCUGCUGUCCGUGUCGGACGCCGACAUUAUCCGCUCCGCCGGCUAUGACGCACUGGUGCUGACGCGUGUGCUGCAGAUCGGGCUACAGAUGUUCACGUUCAUGGCCAUCUUCGGGGUGGGCGUCAUGAUCCCCAUCUACUACACCGGCGCCGGCCUGGCCACCAGCACCGCCGCCCUUGGCGACCUGUCCCGCAUCUCUCUGGCCAACCUCAUCCCCGGCUCCCUGGUGUACCUGGUGCCCUUCUUCUUCUGCUACCUAUUCUCCGCGUACGGCUGCUUCGUGCUGUGGAUCAACUGCAAGGGCUACGUGCAGCUGCGCAUGUCGUACUUUUUGUGCCUGGACGCGCUGCCGCAUGAGGACGUGCUGGCGGCGGGGCAGUACCAGCUGGCGGAGCAGCAGGAGUGGGACGAGGCCAAGGAGGAGGCGGGCGCGGAGCAGGUGGCGGAGGAGGACGCGGAGCAGGCAGCGGCUGCGGGUCAGCCGCCGCUGCCUGCACCACUGCAGACGCAGCAGCAGAGGGUGCCGAAGGCGGCGAGCACUGGCACCAACGGCCCCGGGGGCGCAAAGGUGGCGCCAGGGCCGGGGUCGGCAUCCGCAACCAGGCAGGGGCCGGGCCCGGUGGCGGAGGCGACUGAGCAGGCGCCGCCGCUGGCACCUGACACUGGGGGCAGCCCCACCGAGGGCGAGGCAGUGGGAUUGUCCAUCAAUGAGGUGGAGCUGCAGCCGCGCAGCGGCAGCAGCGGCAGCAGCGGCGCAGCCGCCGCCGCCGGUGGCGGCGCAGCCGCGGCCCGGGCUGCCCUGUGCGACCCAGACACGGUCAUGUCGCGUGCGUCAUCGGCCACCACCUCCGUCGACCGCGGCAGCAACGACGCGGCGGCGGUGGCGGCGGCGGCGGCCGCGCCGGUGGACAUGACCGCCGCCGGCGACACGCCGUACAUGACCCUGCACGGCAGCUCCUGGCUGAACCUGUUCAACUUCUUCAACCCCUCGCUGCGCCUCAUGCUGGACCACCUGGACUGGAUGAACCCGCUGCAGCUGACCUCGGCGCUGUUCGGCGUGCGCAACAUGCGGCUGCCCUCGCUGUACCGAGACGAGCCGCCCUACACCACCCGCAUGUACGGCCGCAGCCAGAAGCUGAGGCAGUGGGACGAUCAGGUGGCGGACUCGCUUUGGGGCGGCGUCCCGCUGCGUGGCGUGCCGGGGCCGCAGCAGUCCCUGGAUUUGGAGGACCUUGACGUGGAGGGCGGCCAGCAGCACAAGGAGGAGAAGAAUCCGGAUCCAGGCCACGCCGGAUCCAAGCCGGAUCUUGACAACCUGGUGAACAGCAGCGAGGGGGAGGAGGAGCGGGAUGAGGGCGCGGACGGCGGCAGCGUGUGGGCCAGCCGCGACCUGCCGGCUGUGUUGCCCUACUGGCGGCCGCUCAAGGUGCAGCUGAAGCUGGGCGCCCGCGCGGGCAAGGUGCCAGCCUCAGAGACGGGCCACGUCCAUCCGCUGCCGCCCGCGCCCGAAGGCCGGCAGCCACUGCCCGUGUCUUUGGCGCCGCCGCCGGAGCACCUGCGCCGACGCAUCGCCGCCGCGCACCGCGCCACCGCCAACGCAGCCGUCGCCGCCGGCAUCCAGCCCUACGCGUCGGGGCCGGCAGGCGGCCCCUGUGGAAACCCAGCGAGUCCUUUUGCCGUCCCCGGUGCGGGCGCGGGCACUGCCGGGCCGGGCCCGGCGGGAACCAAGUCGAGGCUGCGGGUCGGCAGCGAGGCGGGCGCCAGCCGCUGGGCGGGACUGAUGCCGUACUUCAUGCUGCGGCACACAAUGCCCGGCCGCCGCGGCGGCGGCGGCGGCGUCGCCUCGCACCACCACCUCAGCGGCCAAGACUCCAACGCGGGGACGCCCAAGUCCGCAAAGGCGGCGGCGGCCAGCAACCCGUCAGGCAGCCUCACUAUGAUUGAGAGCGCGUGGGACCUGAUCAGCCGCCCGCUGCAACCGCUGCUCGCGGGCAAGCGCAACACGCGGCUGAGGCAGAUUGUGCAGGUCCCUGUACCCACAGCCCUGCCAGAAGCACUACUGCAGCCAGGUCAGCAGGGGCAGCAGCAGCAGCAACCGCACAGCAGCAACCGUAUUCAACAGGUUCGCGCCGGGCUCGCCGGUGCGGGUGGGUCGGGCGGCCUCUCGCCCGUUGUCUCCACUGCCAACUUGCCUGGACUUCUGUUCCGCGGUGGCGGCAGCGGCGGCGGACGCGCUGCCGCAGUGGUGGCGGCCGUGGCGGAGGCGGCCGCCGUCGCGGCGGCGGCGGCGGAGGCGGCGGACGCGCCCUACCUCCGGAGCAGGGCCGCGGCCGCGGCUGAAGAUGGCAUUGAAGGGUCCGGUGGCUUGAUGGCGGGUGCUGGCCCGGGUGUAGAGGGGUUUGGUCCGGAGCCGGAGGCCGUCCGGCUGGUGAAUGCGCGGCACUACGUUGUGCUGAUCACGUCCGUCAACAUGCAGCAUGGUCCCUCCUGGAUUGAGCGCAUGGGCGCGGUGACCUACAUUAUGGUUGCCACCACGCGCGCCCGCAUACACAAGCUGUUCGGCGUCGCCACCCACCAGAUUGGCAUUGGCGUGGCCGCGCGGGCGGACGUGUCGGGCGCCGGCGGGCCGGACGGCCCGACCGACGACCAGCUGGUCCACAGGCGCUGGGACCGCUGGGUGGGCGCCGACAUCCUGCGCAACGUGCGGCGCUACUACGCGCUCUUCUACAACACCGUGAAGCCGUACGAGCAGGUGGAUCUGGACGAUGAGGAUCUGGUGGAUCCAGAUGGCGUGUACGGCGCGGCGGCGGCGGCGGCCCAGGCAGACGCCGACGCCGAAGCUGACGCAGCGGAGGCGGCCCUGGUAUUGGGCGGGCCCGACGCCGCGGAGGAGGGCUCCUUAAAGGACAAGAAGAGCAUCUUCAGAUUCGCGCAUAAGUCCGCCAGCCUCAGGGCGAGUGCCGUUGCGGCCGCAGUGCCACCAUCGCCGCCAGCAGCGCCCCCAGCAGCCACGGCGGCGCCGGGGCCGGUGGCGGAGGCUACGCUCCCGCCCACUGCCGCAGACGACGGCGCCGUCAUCAGCAGCAGCGAGCUCGCUGCGACUGCGGCGACUGCGGCGGACAGCGCCGGCGCCGCAGUGGCGCCGCCGCCCGCAGCAGGCCCCGCGCCGCCGGUCAUCACGGAGGCCAUCGGUGGCUCCGCACCGCAGGUGCUGCAGACCAGCGCCGCGUCGCCCAUGUACGACGGCCGGCACCACCCCUUGGCGGCCACCGCCUCCGUCCCGGCGCCCAGCUCAGCCGGCCCCUCCCGCGCCGCGGUCGGCGCCGCCGCCAGUGUGCGCUUCACCCGCGGCCCCAGCGCCACCCUGGGCCGUCCCGGCUCCGUUCGCUUUAGCAAGCUGCCGCACCUGCCCCGCGGCGAUGCCGCCCUGGCGGAGAAGGCCGUGCGCGAGGCGGCGGCGGCGGAGGCGGCGCGCGGCGAGGCGGAGGAGGACCCCGCGGGCGCGGCGGUGGCUGGCGUUCUGCGGGAGCUGUACCCCGCGUCCUUCCUGGGCCUGGUGCCCGUCAUCGACCACGACUCGGUGGAGAAGCUCAUUGCGGCCUGGGACCGGGCCAUGUGGGCGCUGACCGCCGCGCUGCGGGAGCUGCGACUGGCUGAAGCCGCCAACGCGCACCUGGACGAGGAGGCGGCGGGCGCAGCCGCGGACAAGAUGGAGGGCGGCGGGGGCGAUGGGGGCGGCUCCGCCGCCGCCGGAAGCAAUGGCCAGAAGCACGGGCUGAACGGCGGCGCGGGCAAGGGCGGGCAGCACGGGAAGCACAAGGUCAAGGGGGGUUGCGGCGGCUGCCGCAAGGUGAAGCGCGUGCCGGAGGACGAGAUGAAUCUGCUGCGGGAGAGCGUGAUGAAGGCCAAGGUUACCGUGAAGGCGCUGGAGGGGCAGAUUGAGGAGGAGCGCGCGCGUGUGCUGCGUGUGCCGCUUGGCACGGCGUACUUCGCCUUCUUCAACUGCUCGCAGGACGCCCAGAUGUUGGCGCAGUGCCAGCGUGUGGUGCCGCCGCAGGGCCCCGCCAUGUUGCUGUCCUUCACCGCCGAGCCCGCGCCCGCGCCCGACGACGUGGCGUGGCCCAACCUGUGGAGCACCCGGCCCUGGCAGCAGAUCCCCCGCCAGCUGGGUGCGCUGCUGCUGCUCUCCAUCAUCUUCCUCAUCCCCAUCGGAGCUGUGCAGGGUAUCAUCUCAAACCUGGACGUGGCACUGUGCGCGGGCAACCCCAGCGGCACCACCGAGGGCGGUGCAACACCCACGAGCAGCACCAACCAGCUCUAUCUCGACUGGUUCUGCAACCCCGGCACGUUUGCGGGCCGCAUCGCGAAGAGCCUGGUCACGGGUGUUCUGCCCUCCGUGCUGGGCAUGGUGUGGACGUCCGUGGUCAUGCCGCACCUGCUUUUCAUGUGCAGCAGCCUGUCGCGCAGGCGCAAGUCGCUCAGCGCCCAAGACCGUGAGAUGCAGGCCUGGUUCUUCUGGUACUCGCUGUUCAACACCUUCCUGGGAGCGGUGCUGGGAGGUGGAGUGUUCAGCCAGAUCGGCGUGUACCUCAAGGACCCUUCCUCCCUGCUGGAGCACAUCGGAAAAGCGCUGCCCAGCACCGCCAACUUCUUCAUCCAGUACGUCAUCGCGCGCGCCGUGUUCAACAACACCCUGCGCUUCAUCUGGCCACACGCGGGCCAGAUGCUCGCCGCCAUCAUCCGCACACUGCUGCGAGCCGACAUCCCCAAGAACAUGGUGCGCGCGGCCUUUGCGCACAUGGUGCCCUCCGCGCGCGCUGCCACCUUCUACAACGUCAUCCUGCAGAUCUUCAUGUUCAGCAGCGCCUUCGCCGUGGCCGCGCCCAUCAUCCUGCCCUGCGCCUGGUUCUUCUUCCUCACCGGCUUCUUCGCCUACCGCUACAGCCUGCUCUACAUAUACGAGCGCAGCUAUGAGUCAGGCGGGCGCAUGUGGCCGGUGUUGUUCGGCGAGAUCGUGGGCUGUCUCAUUAUCAUGGAGUUCUUCACCACCGCCGUACUCAUCAGCAACGAGGCGUGGACGCCCGGCAUCGUGCUUGUCUGCACCCUCACGCCCGCGCUGGUGGUGUUCUGGCGCUUCUGCGACCGCGCCUACCUCAAGCCGCUGCACCACCCGCCGCUCACGCUGGUGGCGCGCGAGCCGCUGGGCGUGCGGGUGGAUCCCCUGGUCUACAUGCCGCCCGCGCUCAGGCCCGGUGCGCUGGGCUGGUACCCCGAGCAGGGCAAGGUGUGGGAGAAGUACGGCAUCCCCAAGCACUGGUAAAACGCCUGUGUAUUGGAAAAGCAUCAAGAAAAGGGAACACACAAGGGCUGUGUGUGAAUGAGCACAAGGGAGGAACGCAGAGUGUGUGCACGGCUGCGGCGGCUGUUGCAACAGGUGUGGGACAGUCGUGGCCUCGCAUGCGGGCUGGUGGGCCUAGCGUUUUGUGUGGGGGGAGGGCGGGGGGCUGCGGCACGAGCCCAGUGCGGUUUGAGCUUUGCACGGAAGCCAGUGCAUUGGGGCAUUAAAUUAGCAUAUUGAGAGACAUAUCGUGCGCUACGUGAGUCACAAUAUCUUCGUGUGUAUUAUCCGGGUGCAAUCAGCGCGGAUUUGCUCGGCUUAGUGAUCGGAUCUGCAUGACACGUUCGAACAGUGAGAGCUUAUUUACAUGGCUGAACACACGGUAGUUUGAUGUGUAUAUUAGUGUGUGGAUUUCAGGGCAACUCAUUUUCGCAAACUGAGCACUACCAGAUCAGGACCAAACACGCGCGUGCUCCGUGGUCAAUGUGUUCCUGGAUUGCCACAUCACGCACCUAAUACAUCGUGUGAUUGCAUAUUUAAAAUCUGUGACAAUGGGCGAGCUGCGCGCGCUGCAACCCUCGGCUCUGUUUCUUGAAGCGUGUGCGUGCGUCCCGAGCGGCCGCGCGUCGGCCCGCGCACAACAUAGCAAAGCGCCCUUGGCCCACGCGCGCCUGUGAUGCUUUGGGUCGGGUCAACACGAGCUUGGGUCCGGGGCUCCGGGCCUUGAUGUGGCCGCGCGUCAGGCGCUGCCGGACUGCCGGUGGACUGGAAAGGUGCAAAGGCGAUGGGGGUACAGGAACGCCGUCACCGCGCAGCGUCGAGCGUUGCAAAAGGCGUUUUGGCGCGGAUUUGGCGGUAUCUGAGACGGGCGUGCCCCCUAGGGCGCAGAUGCUGGGGGAGGGAACAUCUACGCUGUGUAGACGCCGGGGGCCUGAGGGCACUUGCAAGACACGGGCACUGCCC